UUCUCUCUCUCCAAAACCAUUUUUAAUAGUCCUCAUUUGUUCUUCAAAUAUAGGUGUUUUCAUUUCUGUCUGUCUCCAUUUUCUAUCUGUUUUGGUGAUCUGUUGAUUGAGAAUUCGAACUAGUAAUGGCUGGAAUUUGCUGUGGAGUUGUUAGUGAAAGUGAGGCAGCUGCUGCAGUAGCUGAACCAAGCUCUCGAGCUUCAAGGCGGAGAAGAUUAGAGCUUCGGCCUUUCAAGGUCGUCGCAGAUGCUUCCGUGCUACCAGACAGCUGGAAACGGCAAAAACUCGAUAUUUUAACUACUAGUCUUAUACCAUCGGAGGCUUGUCCUCGUGAUUGCAAUAACGCAGUAGAGAGUUGUAAAGGAAGUGAAGAAAAUGGAAACUCAAACAAGCGUUUAGAUUUAAAUAAUGAAUCGGUGAAGUCGGAGCGCGAAGAGAUAGACGAAUCUCCAAAAUUUGGUAUGACUUCUGUAUGUGGAAGAAGAAGAGAUAUGGAAGACGCCGUUUCGAUACAAACGUCCUUAACUGACACAAAAACGUCUUUCUUUGGUGUGUUUGAUGGUCACGGUUGUUCUCAUGUGGCGACGAAAUGCAGAGAACGGUUGCACGAUAUAGUGAAAGAGGAAAUAGAAACGUAUGAACAAGAGAAGUGCAUACAGUGGAAGGAAACAAUGGAGAGAAGCUUUGAUAAGAUGGAUAAGGAGGUGGGAGUAUGGUUCUGCAACGACGGAGAUAAAACUGCCAAGUGCCGUUGUGAGCUUCGAACUCCACAGUGCGAUGCUGUUGGAUCAACUGCUGUUGCUGCUGUUGUGACUCACGACAAGAUUGUGGUCUCCAACUGCGGAGAUUCCCGUGCUGUCCUAUGCCGCAACGGUGUUGCCAUCCCGCUUUCUUCUGAUCAUAAGCCUGAUCGGCCAGAUGAAUUAGUCAGAAUCCAAGAAGCUGGUGGCCGUGUAAUCUACUGGGACGGCGCUAGAGUCUUGGGAGUUUUAGCCAUGUCUAGAGCAAUCGGUGAUAAUUAUUUGAAACCGUAUGUGAUACCGGAACCGGAGGUGACAGUGACUGAACGGAGGGAGGAGGAUGAGUGCCUAAUUUUGGCAAGUGAUGGUCUUUGGGAUGUAGUGUCCAACGAGACAGCAUGUGGAGUUGCGAGGAUGUGUCUACGUGCUGAGGGGCCACUAUCGCCGCCGGGUUUGACGGGCAGCGACGCCGGGGUAGGCGGUGGUUCUGUUGAGAGCUCUGAUAAGGCAUGCUCUGAUGCUUCAAUUCUGCUGACCAAGCUUGCCUUGGCUAGACACAGCACGGACAAUGUUAGUGUUGUGGUGGUUGAUUUAAGAAGGAAACAACAUCAACAGCAAUCAAAUAGUAGAUAAAUUUAAGGAUAAAAAUUAAGAAAAAGAAAAGAAGGGAGUGUUAUUAACCACACUCAAAAGAAAGAAAAGAAAAGAAAUUAUUACAAGCCGUUAAAUAUAUGGAAUAGUUUUCUUUAAUUAUUUUUUUCCUUUUAUUAAGCUUCGGUUGUAAUUUGUAGAGGCUCCUUCUGAAAGGAGGAGAGAUUUAAAAGGAAAAAAGAAAGUUAUGGUGUUUCAUAA